UCGGGUAGGAAGAAGGCAUGCUGCAAGUUGUAUCGAUUUUGAUCACUUGAUAUAUAAUUUUCGUUAACAAGCAAAUCGAAGCAUUUUACAAUUAAUUUAGUAACUAAAUUUAUCAUAAUUAUUGGCUUUUUAGCUGUAACUUUGACACACAGUCAGGCAGGCUAAUUUAUUUGAAAGCCAGCAAGGAUAUGAAUAACAGUAAGUUCAUGUGCAAAUCACACCAUUUCCAGUAUAGUAUGCAUUCUUUUGCGACCACACAAUUAAUGGUUGAGAAGUACAUGCAGUACACAGCAGAGUGAGUACACAGGAAACAUUUGAAUAUCCAUGAAUAGCAUUACUGUGACAGCCACGAUUGACGUGUAAUAUUUAACUACCACUCAAACCUCAAGCUAUUUUUCGGAAUAGCACAGCUGAGGGAAUGGGAGCCAACAAUUUGGGUUGCUGUGUUAUUGUUAUACGGUAGAUGCAUAAUGCAUUGUCAUGCUGCAUGGAUAUUAUAUACUCAGUAUGGAAAGAACCCACUAGGAACAUGCAAGUCGGUGAUGAUCCAUGCAUGGCAAUGGUUCCACAUGCAGUCGUUACGGUACACUAUAUUAUUAUAGCUACAAUUUUGUGUGUACUUAGAUAGUGAUUUCAAUCGUGCCAUAGCUAGUGUCCUGUGUAAUUAUGUGACCAUUCACUGCAAUGUACACAGUGGAACCUCCCAUAACGGACCCUCCCACUAGAGGACAACCUCUCUAUAAAGGACACUAGCUAUGGCACGGAUUGAAAUCACUAUCUAGAUACACAGAAACAAUCUCCCACAUGCAGACCUUCUUGAUUCCGCAGACAGAGGACAAGCUCCGUGCUCCCCAACUCUAUGCAAAACUGCCUCUUGUAACGGCAAACAGGAAACCACUUGGAUAGUUAUUAUUUAGAAGGAAAUUACUUCCACUGACAGAGAUGCUUCUGUUCCUGAAUUGCAGCAGCAGUCUCCUCCAACAGAAUAAUGAUCAAAUCAACACAACAAGUUGGCCUACCCUUUGCGCAUCUCUUACAGUUUGAGUCGUACGCUGGCCUGGAUCAAACCACAAUACAGUGUAUCCACAGUGACAACAAUACCAAGAAAGAGGAGAAAAUCUCCAGAGCUUUCAUUUCCCAUUUUGCCGAACUGGUUACCAAUUCAGAUAAUAAAAAUCCAGAUCAAGUUGCUCGAAACAGUCGCAUGUUCAGAAUAAUGCUGAGUCCAUCUCAAACUUCAGUUGUCAAAAUUCAGUCGGUCAGUCCCAGACAGGAGGUGAUCCAGGCCCUUGAGAUGUGGAGGAGUGAGACUGAGGGAACUUACAGCUGUCUGAGGGAGACUCUCAACAAGUACAGCGUCUUCACUGGGAGAAAUCCUCUGGACCUAGCUGGUGUGGCUCAUAAUGAUAUUGAUCCCUCUGUGUUUAGUAUCAGUGGUGAUGAGCAAAUGGAUCACCAGAUACCCUCUACCCCUACCUUAGCUGCUAAUCGAGUCACACUCCAAGAUCUUGUGAGCAGAUACAGUCUAACUGACGAACAGCUCAAUAGUGAAAUACAGGACUCUGAUAUUCCCUACCUGGCCGAAUAUUUUGAUGGUUCGAAAAUCUAUGCGAGUGCAAUGGGACUAACUCCUGCACAACAGGCCGAUGUGAACAGGUUGUACUGUUAUGAAGGAACUCAAGUAUAGCCAUGACUGAAUGCUUGAUUUUCUGGAAAAGACACGAUCCUUACGCAACAACUUACAAAGCUCUCCUAAAGUUGUUACUGGGACUGAGAAAAGACAAGAUAGCUGAUGAUAUCUGUCAGCACUUAUCUCAAUGAGGUGUGAGGGGUGUGGUCACUGGCUCGGACUGGUGAACUACAAGCAAGCAAGUGUAUAACUGACUAUAAUUAUGCAUUUGUGGCUAUUUAUUUUUCCGACAAAGUUCAUCAUGAUCACAUGUACGUACUAUUAUUAUGCAGACUUA